AUGUCUGAAGUCGAAAAGAAGGAAAUCGAACAACCACAAGAAGAAAUUUUGAAGAUCAGAAUUACUUUGACUUCUACCAAAGUUAAACAAUUGGAACAAGUUUCCUCCAACAUUGUUGAAAACGCCACCAACAAUGGUUUAACCAAGAAAGGUCCAGUUAGAUUGCCAACCAAGGUUUUGAAGAUUUCUACCAGAAAGACUCCAAAUGGUGAAGGUUCUAAGACUUGGGAAACUUACGAAAUGAGAAUCCACAAGAGAUACAUUGAUUUGAAUGCUCCAGCUUCUGUUGUCAAGAAAAUCACUCAAAUUACUAUUGAACCAGGUGUCGAUGUCGAAGUCACCAUUGCUGCCUAA